UCCGAUAUUCCUCCGAUGCCCUUCCUUCGGCGUCAGCUCAAGGCUUCCUCCACCUCCAAACACCCACUCCGAACACCGCGACCCCUUGCAUUCCACAACACCAAGUCGCACACCACCUUAUUCUCUCAACUACUUAUCCCACAUUAAACACGUCCGCUAACCCUAUUCGAAAAUGCUUCCAAUUGCACCCAACGGCUGCUCCCAGGCCUCCUCCAGCUCCGGCAGCUCCACCGUCUCGCGUCUCGCUGCUAGCGCCUUGCACAAUAUGCCCCGAAUGCGCAUGCCGCGUACGCCGACUACCCACGCUACGACUACUUCAGUGUUUAUGCCUCCGGUCCGCGCCGGUGGCUCGAGAUCCGCUUCCAAUGCUGGUCCAACGUCGACUGGCUCGCAAAACCCUUCCAAGACUACUCCAUCUCUUCGUCGGUCGCCGCGUCUCCAUCUUUCUCCCGCCCAAUCGGCAUCGUCUAGUGCCCGGGUGGAUAAGGCUGUCGCGGAGCCCCGCCGGUCAGCCCGUCCUAAGGCGAAGAACGCGUCGUCGGAUGCAACCAGCUCACAGACUCCUAUUCGUGUGUCCUCCUCGACGAAGCCUCGUGCUCGUGGGGCAGGGAAAACAACUCCCAGCCAACCUGCUGCGCCUUCCUAUCCGGCUACCCGACGCUCGUCCUCAACAUGCGCAGGUGGCUCCUCUUUGUCGUCACCCUCUCCAUCUCUCGAAUGGUCUGCCUCCUCACAGUCUGCUCCUGAGACGCCGCCUCCACCGCUCAGUCUCCAUCAGCCCUCGAGAGACCCCUCCCCACGACUAUCACGGGUUAUAGAGGCCCAGGAUGGGGCUAGGCCUCAAUCCCCGACCUACAAAUGCGGCCACAUAUUCCACCCUACACACCUCUCUAUCCCCGGCCUAGAACAUUGCCCGAUUUGCGUCAUCGAGGCGCACAUAACGUCGCUUUCUACUCAUGCAUCCACGAUCAUCAGCCACGGCGGGUGGUACCAGUGGCGCAAAGCCAUCAAACCCUACAAAAAGGAGCGCAAGGGCUCAGAAGCGCGGAAGCCGCGAACUGACUUUGAGCAAGCUACCUACGGCUGGGAUAGGACAAAGAAUAAACAUCUGGAUAGAGAGGUUGAGGGCUGGCGACAGUCGAGAAUAAAGAUGGCGAAUGUGCUGGCAAAGUUGGAGGGUUUGGCUACGCAGGAGGCGAAGUGGGCGAAAAACAACGGGGAGUGGCUAGGUCCCAGUGCAAAGCGGGCCUUGCAGAUGUAUGAGCACGCAGUGAGCAGCGGACUCCUGAGUACUGUGCAAGAUGGCGCAGCGAUCUAUAGCCGCGCGAGAGGCCUCGUCAAUGAGAGCGUCCUGAAGCGCAAGCGAGAUACAGAAGACAAUGAAGACGAGGAAGAGGAAGAGGAAGAAGCUGCCGAUUUAGCAAAGAAGCUAUCUCGCGGCAUAAUCCCUGGCGCCUAUAGUCCCGAACAGUCCCUAACAGGCACUGUCGCCCAAGCUCCACCAAAGCGCAAGCGCCGCAGCAUUGAGGGAGUGUCAUUCCACCCCGAUGUCUUCGUCCGCACAGACGCGGAUAUCGACGUCCUGCGCAAAUCAGCCACCUUCAACACAAACCCCAACAAGUCAGCACCACCACCAUGUGGCAUCCUACGCACGAGCGAACAAACUGCUGCCCGCCACCCAACCAAUCCCCCGCAGCCGCCACCCGCCCACACCAAAAUGCCCCUCAGCGACUCCCCGUCGCGAGAUAGGCGCUUCUUCACCCGCAAGAACCAGCGCCACCGCGACUACCAAGCCAAAUGGGCGCCGCGGGCCGAGCUAGACAUCAUCGAUACAAGUUGGGACCGCGGUGUGAGGGGCAAGAAUGCUGACCCUGAUCAUGUGUGGGCCUCUGGAGAGAAGUACUAUGCGAAUCUACAAGUGGAGGCUGAGCAGUGGGAUAGAAUGGACUAUAUGGACGCGCUGUGCGGGGACCAGGGGAUUCCUACAUGAUUCGUAGCAGCCGACGCUUUCCUCGGCCGACUGAGGAAUAUCUGGAGCGCGCGCAUUCUUGAGCCUCGGGGCACCAACUGCGUUACGCUCUUCCUUGACGGCUCCCAUUUCUGUUUGGGGCACCUGGUCUAAGCGCCGCGGGCCAGCCACCAUUGCGGCAUU